UUUAGCAUCUAGCGCAAUUCCUCUCCCUUGGACUUGUGAAACGUAAUUUUUUUAUUAAAAAUGGCAACUUUGAAAGAAAAGCGGACCUGUGGCCAGCGAUGUGAAGAUUUUGGGCACUUCAUCUGGAAUUCGGAGAACAAGACUUUCAUGGGCAGGACACCGCUGAGAUGGGUCUACAUUAGCCUUUACUAUGUGGCGUUCUAUAUUGUGAUGACGGCCCUGUUUUCCCUCGCCAUCUACGUUAUGAUGUCGACGAUGAAUCCCUAUACUCCAACAUAUCAGGACCGGUUAAAAUCGCCAGGAGUGAUGAUCUGGCCAGAUGUCUAUGGUGAUGAGGACUUGGAGAUCUACUACAACAUGUCUGACAAGAGCAGCUGGACGAAAAUGGCUGAGAUUCUUAAGGAGUUUCUGAAACCCUAUAACGAGACUGUUCAGUACCAUCAAAGUAAGCAGUGUGAGAAAGGCAAGUACAACAAGCAGGACACAUUUGGGCCCCACCACACCAAGACCUCCUGUGUCUUCACUCAGGAGAUGCUGGGAAAUUGCUCCGGAAUAUCCGAUCCUACUUUUGGGUACCCAGAUGGGAAACCAUGCUUCAUUAUCAAAAUGAACAGGAUCAUUAAUUUUCUGCCUGGCGAAGGAGUUGCUCCUUAUGUCAACUGCACUGUGCUGGAGGGGAGCCCCAGCAACCUAGAUGGAGUGGAGUAUUUCCCAACAAACGGCACUUUUGACUUAUCCUAUUUUCCCUACUAUGGCAAAUUAGCUCAGCCUCACUACAGCAACCCUCUCAUAGCCGUGAAGUUCACCAGCAUGGAAAGAAACAAGGUGGUGAAGCUCGAGUGCAGGGUGGUGGGGAAGGGCAUCUCC